AUGGCGCUGCAGAGACGCAAAGGGGGUGUCUCUCCCCUCCAGCAUUCCCCCAACGCCGGGGGCCCCCCUGGGGGCCCCCCUGGGGCCCCCUCCGGGGCCUCCCCUGGGGGCCCCCCUGGGGGCCCCUCUGGGGGCCCCCCUGGGGGCCCCUCUGGGGGCCCCCCUGGGGGCCCCCAGGGGUCUCCGAGGCAGCGCCACGCAGCUAAGAAGGGUUUGGGGGCCCCCAGAGAACUCAGCAGCCACCCAAACCCUAAAUCAGCGGAUAACGAAUUCGAAUUUAACCAAACUGAAAUUCUCGUCAAAGGCCUUCCCGCCCUCCUCACCGUCUCCGAGAGAACAGAGACGGUCUUCAAAGGAGCAACUGAAGAAUUCCUCCACGGCCGCGUCGGAGUUGAUGCUGCUGGCCGCCGCCUGUGGGAGCCGAAGCCCCCGCUGCAGCAGCAAACUGAAGAGCAGCUGCGACUCUCCUACAAAGGUAAUUGCUGCAGCAGCAGCAGCAGCAGCAGCAGCAGCAGCAGAUGUAGCAGCAGUUGCAGUAGCAUCAAACCGAAGAGAAGCUGCGCCUCUACUAUACGAGUAAUUGCAGCAGCAGCAGCAGCAGCAGUAAAUGCAGCAGCAGCAGCAGUAAAUGCAGCAGCAGCAGCAGCAAAUGCAGCAGCAGCAGCAGUAAAUGCAGCAGCAGCAGGAGAAGUAGCAGGAGCAGCAGCAGUGGCAGCAGCGGCAGCAGUUGCUGCUGCUGCAGCAGUUGCUGCUGCUGCAGCAGUUGCUGCUGCUGCAGCAGUUGCUGCUGCUGCUGCAGCAGUUGCUGCUGCUGCUGCAGCAGUUGCUGCUGCUGCUGCUGCAGUUGCUGCUGCUGCUGCAGCAGUUGCUGCUGCUGCUGCACGCUUUCAAGGGGAGACUGUAGCUGCGGAGCAAGCGGGUUACUGCUUCAACUCUGCGUUGAGCGACACUUUGAGUUUGGACCGGCCAGUGCCUUCCUUCGACACAGCGGAGUGCGCGGAGCUGCGGGCAGAGUUCGCAGCAGCAGCAGCAGCAGCAGCAGCAGCAGCAGCAGGAGGCGCAGCAGCAGCAGCAGCGCAGGAGGUGUCCGUGGUGGUGGUGCUGCACAACGAGCUGCUGUCCGCGCUGCUGCGCUCGCUGCACUCCGUCUUCAACAGAACUUCUCCGAAACUUUUAAAAGAAAUGAUAAUUGUAAAUGACUUUUCAAAUCCCGGAACCCAUCCUGAGCUGUACAGACACCUCCCCCGCUACGUGGCACAGGCGCUCCCCAAGACCAAACUGCUCGCGCUCCAGCAGCGGCGAGGGCUCAUGGUGAAUUCUGCUGCUGCUGCUGCUGCUGCUGCUGCUGCUGCUGCUGCUGCUGCUGCUGCUGCUGGUGGGGGUGGUUGGGGUGCUGCUGCUGGUUCCGGAAGACCAAACUGCUCGCGCUCCAGCAGCGGCGAGGGCUCAUGGUGA